GAAGUUCCUCUAUUGAAUUGAAAUGACCAAUUAUUACGCAAUAAAUACAAUAUUUGUCGCGGAGCAGAUUAUCCAUUAAUCACACAGUAGAAGUUAAAAUUGAAAAGAAAAACCAGUCGGUAAAAACUUGGCGCCUUGAAACAAAAUCUCAGUUCACAACUCUGGGUUUUCCUAAUUUCCCAAUUUGGCAGAGUUUUAGGGUUUUGGGAUUUGGGAAAACGAGAGGAAUUUGGGGGCCUUCAUUUCACUCCACCCAUCAAUCUCUUUUCAGGUCUGAACUCUGAAGGCUAAAAUCGUACAGAACGGAACAGCAUUUGGCCAAAAGCGCGGUGAUAAUGGAAACAGAGAAACAAACUCUUACGAAUUCAAAAGCUGAGAAGGUCUCAGUUCCCCCAGGCUUUGUGUCUUUAUCAUCUUUCACUCUGAGAAGGGUGCAGACCAAAGAAGUGCAAUCUGCUUCAGCAGCCGUUGAGCAUGUGGGUGACACAGAGGUCAGCCUCAUGAGCUCUAUGCCCAGCAUCAUCGAUGCUGAGAAGUUCAAGAGUGAUCUUUGGCUGAGACCUUGGAUUCUUGAUAGCAAGUCUAACCACAGCGUGAAGGAAUCCAAUUCUGAACUUGAAAUGGUCAUUAAACCUUGACACAUCCUUUCUGUCAGUUCUUUUUGGGGAUUUAUCAGAAUUAACCUUCCAUUGAAAGCUUGCCUUCCUAAGGGAGUGAUGCGAGGGUGUCCAACCUGCCCAGACUGCCAGAAGGUUAUUUCUCGUUGGAAGCCUGAGGAGCCACAUAGGCCUGUGCUAGAAGAAGCUCCAGUAUUCCACCCAACUGAAGAGGAAUUUAAGGAGACACUUCACUAUGUUGCAAGCAUACGUCAAAAAGCUGAGCAUAUUGGAAUGUGCCGUAUUGUUCCUCCUCCUUCCUGGAAACCUCCUGGCCUCACCACUGAAAAGAAUGUGUGCAAAGCUUUGAAGUUUGAAACCCAUAUUCAACUUGUUAAUGAGCUGCAGGAUCAAUUUUUAAAAACCAAGAUGGAUGUGGUUCAAGAGGAGAUGAAAUGUAAGAGGCAGAAAAUCCAAUCGAGUUAUGAAUAUCGAUUCCCAGGUGCUAUUAAAAUUCAAUCUAAUGCUGAGGGCGGUAUAUCUAAGUCUGGGCCUAUAUUGACCUUAGAUGAUUUCGAGAAGUACGGCAAUGAUUUUAAGAGGCAGUACUUCUCUGGAAAGGUCAAGGCAGCAAGUUCUAAUUCUAAUGCUAAUAUGUACAAAGAAGGUUGGGUACCAACAGUAGAAGAUGUUGAGGGUGAAUAUUGGAGGAUCGUUGAGCAUCCAAGUGAAGAAAUCGAGGUUCUUCACGGUUCAAAUGAAGUUGGAGUAUCCACGACGGGGUUUCCAGUGAAUCACAUUUCAGCUGAAACUUCCAAAUCACAUGAAUAUCUGGAAUCAGGCUGGAACUUGAAUAAUAUCUACAAGCUUCGCGGUUCACUUUUAUGGCAUGAGAAUGAUAGGACUUCUGCCUCUUUACGACCGAAAAUUUCAGCAGGGAUGUGCUUGUCCUCAGUUUGUUGGAAAGUUGAAGAUCAUCAUUUGUACUCACUUUGUUACAUGCAUUUGGGUGGCCCUAAAGUAUGGUAUGUCGUCCCAGGAAGAUUUUGCUACAAGUUUGACAAAGUGGUCAAGAAGCACCUCGCUCAAUGUUCACAACAUCCUGAAUUUCUGUAUAGGAAUGUGCCUCAACUUUCACCGUCUACCUUAAUAGCAGAGGGAAUUCCUGUUUAUCGCUGUGUGCAAAAUCCGGGGGAGUUUCUCCUCAUUUUUCCAGCAGCAUACAAUUCUCACUUUAAUUGUGGCUUUGGUUGCUCUGAAGCUGUUAGUUUUGCUCCUUUUGACUGGCUACCUUAUGGUCAGAAUGUUAUCGAUAUUUAUAGUGAGCAGCGUCGACGUACCUCGAUUUCUUACGACAAAAUACUUUUGGGAGCUGCCGCCGAAGCUGUGAAGGCACAGUGGCAACUCAUUCUGCUCAAAGCUAAAUUGUUAGAUGAGGUACCAUGGACAACUGUCUCUGGAAAGGAUGGGAUCUUAACAAAAGCACUCAAAGCAAGAGUGAAACAUGAGGCUAUCAUGAGGGAGUAUCUUUGCAAUGGUUUACGGUCACAGAAGAUGGAAGAUAAUUUUGACGUCCAGACCAAAAGGGAGUGCAGCAUAUGUCUCUAUGAUCUGCAUCUCUCUGCCAUUGGUUGCAAAUGUUCUGAGGAUAGAUUUGUUUGUAUGCUACAUGCAAAGGACCUCUGUUCUUGUUCAUGGACGGCUAGAUUUCUGCUUGCCAGAUACGAGAUCGGUGAGUUAGAUAUUCUGGUGGCAGCUUUAGAAGGAAAAUUAGAAUCAGUUUAUAAAUGGGGUAAACAAAAGCUUGGCUUGAAGAUGACUACUUCUAAUAAUAACUUGAAGGAUGCCAAUGUUGAGUUGUCUCCUGUAAAACCUGAAGCUUUAUCCUCUGUUUCUCCAAGAUUGAGUACUCUACUGCGUGAGAGAAGGAAAGACCCCUGGAUCGGACAGGUGCCUGCAAGUGCCCAGAGACAUGAUGAUGUUUGUGACAAAGUUGAUAGUGAAAAUUGUGGAAGAGAAGAUGCUGACAAUUACACAGCCUCAAAAUCUUCAAACUUGACUUCUAACAAAGAAGAACCUAAAAAUUCCGAUUCUCAAAGGAAUGUGGUUGUUAUUGAUGACGAAGAUUGAGGAUAAGAAGCAAGGCCUUUUUGAGAACAACAUGAUACCACAUUUAUUUCCACAUGUGGUUUAUUGCAAUAUGCACAUGUUGAUUAUCUCCUGGUAAAGUAACAGAUGAAGACUGGAUCUCUCGCACGGUAGCAGUCAUUAUUUAUCUCUGUAUCCGACGACCAUGUUUACUCAUAAAUCUUGGAACUACAUGGUCUAUGAGAUUACUUCUGUUUUUGGUUUUUGGUGUAUCUUUUUGUGGUUGAUGUGAGAUUACGUUGAAAAGUAGUAUAUGAGAUCACUUUCGAUACUACAAUGUACAUAUCGAAAAGGAAAUGCUGUGCAUAUGAGGUGCUGCUAUUAUUAUUAUUAUACUAUAUCACAUAUUCUUUUUGAUCAGCUAUAUGAUGCUAUUCAG